GUCAACACUUACUUCGAUGCAAACGAAGAAGAACAAAAAUCCAUAUCCAUUUGUAACUAAAAAAAAAAAAACCUCCUCCUAGUAAUCUCAAUCUCUUAACCCCGCAUGCCUCCUUGAACACUGGAUCAGGUGAAAAGAUGAAUCAGGAGAAAUUGGCCAAACUUCAAGCCCAAGUGCGGAUAGGAGGAAAGGGCUCUGCACGCAGAAAGAAGAAGGUGGUCCACAGGACUGCGACAGCAGACGACAAAAAGCUUCAAAGUUCACUAAAGAAGCUGGCGGUCAACAACAUUGCUGGGAUUGAGGAGGUCAAUAUGAUCAAGGAUGACGGGACAGUAAUCCACUUCAACAACCCCAAAGUUCAAGCUUCCCUGUCAGCCAACACAUUCGCUGUUACGGGUCAUGCCGAGACCAAGCAGCUGACAGAGAUGCUGCCCGGCAUCCUCAGCCAACUGGGGGCCGACAGCCUGAGCAGCCUGCGCAAACUGGCCGAACAGUUCCCACGGCAAGUGCUUGACAGCAAAGCUCCAAAAGCAGAGGACAUUGAGGAAGAGGAUGAUGACGUUCCAGAUUUGGUGGAGAACUUUGACGAAGCAUCAAAGAAUGAAGCAAACUGAUGUGCGUGACUGCAGUGAAACCAGCAAUUCACCCAGGACGUUUUAGACAGGACCUACACACACACACACACACACACACACACACAUACCAGAGACUUUUCUUUUAACAGAUGGUCCACAGUUAAUAUAUGAAUUUCUCAUAAAUGAACAAUUGAGCCGCAUUGCUGGUCAUUAUAGCUGUCAUAUUGUUUUUUUGUUUGUAAAACACAAUAAAAAAAGCAUUAACAUUUUUUAUUA